CCCAAUUUCAGUCAGAUGGAGUGAGUGCCCUGAUGUGAAUUGGCUUGUCCCUCUAUGCCGGCCAUAAAACCGUCUGGUCAAACCGCAUGACAUGGUCGCGAAGUUAACUCAUCUUUGACUCGGCGACCUGAUCUCAACCCGGCUUGAUUGCAGCCAGCCAACGUGUAUGAGGGUUGCUCGUCGCUUGUCCAUGCCUCUUCGCUGAAGCCUCCCUUCAGACGACUGAUUGCCAGUUCACAACAUGGCUGACGCUGCUGCUUCGACCGCGAUACCCAGAAAACCUAAGGCCAAGUCCAAAGAACCGUUCUACGCCGUGUCGCCCUUGUGGAAAGAUGUCGUCCCCAUCCCCCUCAUCGACGGCCCGCCAGGCCAGAAGGAUCCCGGCCCCGCGCUGGCCACCAUCGCCUACUCGGUGCGGUACAGCGAGGCCAUGUCGUACCUGCGGGCCGUGAUGGCCGCGAACGAGUUCAGCCGGCGGGCGCUGGACUUGACCGAGGACAUCAUCGGGAUGAACCCGGCGCAUUACACGGUGUGGCUGUAUCGUGCCAAGAUCUUGAGGUCGCUGUGGGACAAGGAGGGGGUGAGUGUCGAGGAUGGUGUCGGGGAGGAACUGGAGUGGUUGGAAGGGGUCAGUGAGCGCAAUUUGAAGAACUAUCAGAUCUGGCACCACCGCCAGCUCCUGGUCUCCCUGCUGCCGACCUUCCCGGCCAACGAGCCCGAGUUCAUCACGCACAUCCUCUCGUUCGACGCCAAGAACUACCACGUCUGGACGUACCGGCAGUGGCUGUGCCGGCGGUUCCCGGACCCGCUGUUGACGACGGACGCAGAGCUGCGUGCGGUCGACGCGCUGAUCCACGAGGACGUGCGCAACAACUCGGCCUGGAACCACCGGUACUUUGUGUGCUUCGGCGCCGAGGAGCUGGCGGCGAUCGAGAACUCUCCGGGUGGCGGGAUCCGCAAGGACGUGCUCGCGAGCGGCGGCGGCGGGCUGGUAGUCGACGAGGACGUGGUCGCGCGCGAGGUCAACUACGCAAAGGACCACAUCGCCGCGGCCCCGCAGAACCCGUCGCCCUGGAACUACCUCCGCGGCGUACUCAAGCGCGCCGCCAUCCCCGUCACCGACCUGCAGGUCUUCUGCGAGGGGUUCGUCGGCGGCAAGGACGCGGACCUCCUGAGCGACUCCGGCGCCGUGAGGAGCAGCCACGCCAUCGACUGGCUGGCUGACAUCUAUCGCCUGGACGGCAAAGUCGAGAGGAGCAAGGCCUGUCUGGACGCGUUGGGCAGCAAGUGGGAUCCCAUCCGGAGGAAGUACUGGGAUUGGAGGGCCAAACAGCUGGCUACUGACUAGACGGUACGACAGAUGGUGAGGAAAAGGGCCGUGGGGACGGAAUUGGAUUGAUUACAACCAGACUUUGCUUAAAGCGCCGUCUUCGAGUCUGCUAACGUCUUCUAUGUCUAAGCGAUUUCUACAUUGAUACCUCAAAAAGGGUCUAACGCUGUGAAGGGGCAAGAGUCGAUGCCGAAAUGUUUCAUGCACGAAAC